ACCAAAAAGCGGAGUGACCUUCCUCCGCUCUCAGUCUGAGAGGGGCAGCACUGAAGCAAUAAGCCGGUCACAGCUCCUACAGUCCCCCGCUAUAGCCUCAGAAAUGAACAACAACUUAGUCGGAGAUGAAGUCGGGAAACUUUUUGUGGGUGGAUUGGACUGGAGUACCACACAAGAGACACUUAGAAACUACUUCUCACAGUAUGGGGAAGUAGUAGAUUGUGUCAUCAUGAAGGACAAAACUACAAAUCAGUCGCGAGGCUUCGGCUUUGUCAAAUUCAAAGACCCCAAUUGUGUACGGACAGUGCUGGAGACAAAGCCGCAUAAUCUUGAUGGGAGAAAUAUUGACCCGAAGCCAUGCACUCCCAGAGGAAUGCAACCUGAAAAGUCUCGAACCAAGGAGGGCUGGAAGGGCAGCAAAGCUGAUAGCAAUAAAUCAAAGAAGAUAUUUGUAGGUGGAAUCCCCCAUAACUGCGGCGAGCCUGAACUCAGGGACUAUUUCAAUAGAUUCGGAGUGGUCACAGAGGUGGUAAUGAUCUAUGAUGCGGAGAAGCAGAGGCCCCGAGGUUUUGGAUUUAUUACUUUCGAGGCCGAACAAUCAGUGGACCAGGCUGUCAACAUGCAUUUUCACGACAUCAUGGGCAAAAAAGUGGAAGUGAAGAAGGCUGAACCUCGUGACAGCAAAGCUCCUGGCCAGCUUGGCCCGGGCCAGUGGGCACCCAGGGGCAUCUUGAGUGCAGCUAAUGGUUGGACAGCACAGCCUGCCCAGGGCUGGCAACAGCCUUACGGGCCACAGGGAGUGUGGGUGUCGACUACCGGCCAACCCAUAGGCGGGUAUGGACCCCCGUUGACAGCAAGCCGUGGCACCCCCACACAACCUCCGUCACCUUUCAACGCAUUCCUGGUCACGACCCCGGCGGGCAGCUUCGCUGCACCUCAGGCCUACCCUCAGCAGGGCUACAGCACAGCACCUCAGUUUGGUUACAGUUUCGGCACACCACAAGCAGACCAGUAUGCUCCACAGGUUCCCCCUCCACCCACAACUCCGGGAACUGCACCUCUGGGCUUUGCCCCCGCCACCACACCAACUCAGGACUUGAGCAAAGCUCCCACUGGGCAGCCUGACUUCCCUUAUAGCCAGUAUGGCUUGGGUAACUACCCUCAGGACCCCUCUGCCUACGGACCAACGCGUCCUUCUCACAGUUAUGGUCAGGAUGAGCAGGGAGGAUAUAGUGCAGGGUACGGGCAAGACCUGACAGCUUUCAGCCACAGCUUUGCGGACCCCAGCCAGCCGACGGCUUCGUACGGGGCCCCGACAGCACAGCCCGCCGCCGCCCCCCAGCCUGCCGCCACCGCGUUCGGCAGAGGGCAGAACCACAACGUACAGGGCUUCCACCCGUAUCGACGCUGACCACCACCUCUGGGCAGUGGCGCUGUGUAAAGUUGAAAAACAAAAACAAACAAAAAAAAGAAGUCAGGGAAAUGUGUGUUUUCGCUAAAAAGCAAAACUGGAGUUCUGGAUUGUUCUAUGGGAAUGUUGAAUGCACACAGUUUGUGAAACAGAAACCUUUGUGAAAGCAGGGAUUCCAGUAAAUUCAAAAUGGGGUCUAAAGAAACCCAGGGUUUUUUUUGUUUUUUUUUGCAUAACUUAAUGAACGUUCAGCAGAAAGAAGCUUUUAUCCCCCACCCCCAUCCCCAUGUUUUAUAGUAGAACUAAACUACUUUGCAAUAAUUUUGAUUGUCUGGUCAAACACUAGCACAGAGACUUUAUGUAAAGAGACUUGCAUAUAAAUAUGUAUAUUUAUGGUGGACACAAAUGAAAACAGGGUCUCAAGUUUCCUCAGCUUUAAAUUCUAGGGAAAAAUGUUUUUAUUUUUCAUUUGGUGUAUUUUGUUUACUUUCUGAGCCUUUAAAGUUUGUUUAAAAUUGAGAUUAUGAAUAUAUAUAUAUUAUACACAAACUGUGCAAUUUUUUAAAAAGAGAAUUUUGUACUAUAAAUGUACACUUUGCUUGUUUUUUUAUUUAAAGAUGUAGACUUCCCUCAGGUGGCUCUUUUGGGUGCAUUUUUUGCACUUACGCAAAAAGAAAAAAAGGACAAAUUAUUACAAAAAAUAAAUGUUUUAAGGAAACA